AGAAGGAGGAAUGCGGGUAGAAAAGCGCGAGUGUCGCGGCGCCCCGGAGACACCAUGACGCUGCUCGGGGAGAAGACCUUCACCUGCGAGUGGACAGGUUGUGCUCACCUGAAUUAAUGAGCCGGUGGCUGCACAUUAUUCCUCGAAGAGACUUUUUUUUACUCGAUGAUACCUCGGCGCUCACCGCGAACGCUGCGCAGGAUUUAACUCUGUUCAUUUUAACUUUAAGUAUUUUCUUAUUUUUUGUUGGAGGAUUUACUUUAUUUUCUAACGAGAUCGUGUUUCUGAACUGGUCGCUAGUUGGCAGCUUUAAACAUGGCACUUUAUGUAGAAGGUCUGAGUAAAGGAGCGGUCCACGAAGGGAUGGCUCAGUUCCAGGAGAUGAUGCGGCAGCAGCUGGAGAGCUCCAUGCACGCUGAGCUGGAGAAGCUGCUGAACACGGCCGCGGGUGAAGAGCGAGAGGUGUCCAGGAAAGACUUUGAGGGCUUUAAGAAUCUUUUCCACAGAUUCCUGCAGGUGAAGGGUCCGUCGAUCGAGUGGAUCAAGAUCCAAAGACCUCCAGAGGACUCGAUCCAGCCGUACGAUAAGAUCGCCGGCACCGCUCCGCCGGACAACGUGGCCGACUGCCUGAACAAGCUGGUGGUGGUGAAGCUGAACGGAGGCCUGGGCACCAGCAUGGGAUGCAAAGGCCCCAAGAGCCUGAUCAGCGUCCGCAACGAGAACACCUUCCUGGACCUGACGGUGCAGCAGAUUGAGCACCUGAACAAGACUUACGACACAGACGUGCCGCUGGUCCUCAUGAACUCUUUCAACACGGAUGAGGACACAAAGAAGAUCCUGCAGAAAUACACACACCACCGGGUCAAGAUACACACCUUCAACCAGAGCAGGUACCCGCGCGUCAACAAGGAGUCCCUCCUCCCGGUGUCCACCGGCCUGAGCAUGACGGGGCAGAGCGCGGAGGGCUGGUACCCGCCGGGCCACGGGGACAUCUACGCCAGCUUCUACAACUCGGGCCUGUUGGAGCAGCUGAUCGCGCAGGGCAAGGAGUACAUCUUCGUGUCCAACAUCGACAACCUGGGGGCCACCGUGGACCUGCACAUCCUGCACCACCUGGUGAACCAGCCCAACGGCAAGCGCUGCGAGUUCAUCAUGGAGGUGACGGACAAGACGCGCGCCGACGUCAAGGGCGGCACGCUGAUCCAGUACGAAGGGAAGCUGCGUCUGCUGGAGAUCGCUCAGGUGCCCAAAGCCCACGUUGACGAGUUCAAAUCCGUCUCGAAGUUCAAGAUCUUCAACACCAACAACCUGUGGAUCUCUCUGAGCGCCAUCAAGCGGCUGCAGGAGCAGAAGGCCAUGGACCUGGAGAUCAUCGUCAACCCCAAGACUCUGGACGGCGGGCAGAACGUGGUCCAGCUGGAGACGGCGGUCGGCGCCGCCAUCAAGUGCUUCGACAACGCGCUGGGCAUCAACGUGCCGCGCAGCCGCUUCCUGCCGGUGAAGACCACGUCGGACCUGCUGCUGGUCAUGUCCAACCUGUACAGCCUGGACGCCGGCUCCCUCACCAUGAGCCCCAAGAGGGAGUUCCCCACCACGCCGCACGUCAAGCUGGGAAGCUCCUUCACCCAGGUGCAGGAGUACCUGACCCGCUUCGAGAGCAUCCCCGACAUGCUGGAGCUCGACCACCUGACGGUGUCCGGAGACGUCACCCUCGGGAAGAACGUCUCCCUCAAGGGCACCGUCAUCGUCAUCGCCAACCACGGCGAUCGGAUCGACAUUCCCGCCGGCUCCAUGCUGGAAAACAAGAUCGUGUCGGGGAACCUGCGCAUUAUGGACCACUGAGCGUCCACACACACACCCUCAUCAUGUGACCCAGUCUGCCUCAUCCCAGUUUGUUGUCUCAGUCCACUGUGGGAGGAACAGGUUGUUAUUUAACCUUUAAUAGUGUACAUGAGCCACUUGUAGACGCUAUAUAUGUUAUUAAAUAACUUAAAUCUAUGAUAGAGAAAGAAACACGUUUGUAUUUCAUUUUUUACCCUUUUCUAACUUGUUUUUUUUCUGCCAGAGCAGAUUCACCAUCUCUUCUAGAGUAAUAUUAAUAAUCUGUGUGUCGAUCACACAGCAAACAGGGGUCAUGAAGUCAGAUUUCUAACUGUUGAUUCCAUAAAGACGUCAAUUCAGCCGUGACAAGAGGGGUGAUGGAUCUAUAUCUCAACUGCAAGUGGAGGAGAUGUGUGUGUGUGUGUGUGUAUUUUUACUGCCCUCCAGUCUUGUUUGUUUUACGUAACGCCGUGUGUGCGUCCUCGGCAGCCUUUCUUUGUACACUCCCUGUGAUGUCACAUUAUGAUCUUUGUGUCCAGUGAAACCUCCAUGAGGCCUCGGCCCAGCUGUCACUCGGCACGCGCACACAUACACACACACACACACACACAGCCUGUAAGCAAUAAGUGUUGAUCUGUGACCACGUGUCGAAUAAAGUGCAAUAUGACCUAA